CGAAGACGGAAAUUCAAUCAAGUAGCCAAAGCCAUCAAAUGUUUCAAACAUUAUUAGAUUUCAAAUUAUUAGUUUUCCCGGAUUUUCUUUUCCCUAGCGCGGCACGUGCCAUGACACGUCCGUUUGACAUUUCGGAUGAGCCAAAUUUUAUGAAGUAUCAGCAAAAGAAUGUAUUAUCUCGAGUCCUAACUUCGCCCAGUCUGGCAAGCGAUACCGGUACCCCGUCGGGAAUGGCACGGAUAGCGGAGGACAGUGAUUUCGAAGCACUGAAACAGCUGGUGGAUGAUCACGAGGGGUGGACGCUGGAGCUUUCGAAAUCCGACACACAGGUGUACACGCGUCCGGUGGCCGGAUGCAACUUCAACAUGGUGAAAAUUCACACCGAGUUUGCUGAUGUAACGGCGGAUAUCCUGUUCGACGUGCUGCACGAUCCGGAUUACCGGAAAGUCUGGGACUCACACAUGUUGGCGAGUGAGGAGAUUGGCAUUCUUAACGUGAACAAUGACGUCGGAUACUAUGCAAUGUCCUGCCCUCCCCCGCUGAAACCCAGAGAUUUCGUCCUGCAGAGGUCUUGGCUGGACACCGGUCCCCUCGGAGAGCAAAUGCUUCUAUCCCGUUCGGUGCCGCAUAAACUGUAUCCUCCCAAAAAAGGAUACGUUAGGGCAAUGUCCUACAUUACUGGGUUCGUGCUGAGAACCAACGAAAACUCAAAGACUGGCUGCAUACUGAAAUAUGUGGCGCACUGUGAUCCCCAGGGAACGCUUCCUCCGUGGCUGGUGAACAAAGUAACGCACACCCUGGGCCCUCGGAUGGUAAAGGACCUGAAGAAAGCGGCAUUGGGCUACAUAGGCUGGAAGCAGACCCAACCGCAUCUGCGGAAACCGUGGCGCUUCCCGGAGGAGAUCAGCGGACCGAGAAUAUCGAUAGAAGACUGUUUGGACACAGUUGUAGUGCCGGUUCCUCGCAUGCUUCCACAAACUCCAACCACGCAGCCAACGGCCAACGGAAAAGUAACGACAGGGCAAGUAGUGAGGUCUCCCAAAGUGAUGACGCCAACCACACCGCAAAACAUUCCAAGUACAAUUGCCAGUAGCUCGAGCAACGUAAACGGUAAAAAAGAAGAAAAGAAAGAGAGGAAAUUCUUCGAACGGAAAGCGAAAGCAGACACCAAAUUGAAUGCAAGCAAUACAAACGGAUGCAGUAGCCCAAACAUGAGCAAUAAGAAGGAAGAGAAAAAAGUCAAAAAAGAAAGCAAAGACGAUAGCAGUGUGAAGGAGAAAAACAAAGUCGACGGCGGACUCAAAAAGCGAAGAUCCUUGCUGAGCUUGAAGUUUUAGAUAGUUAUUAUAAUCCAAUUCUUUAGCUAUGCGAUACUGAAAAAGGAACGUCUGCGCACACGAGGUGUGUAAAAUGACUAGUGAACGAGAUGUAUGACUCUGUUUUGAACGAUUCAGAUGGUUACAAUUUUACCAGUACACACAAAUCAAUCAUAUCAAGAAAUAGAAAUACCGUCUGAUAUGUUUUACCAUUCGUGAAAACGUCAACUUAACCGUUUUUAUGCAAACCGUACCUAAAACCAGCUGAAAAAUAAAUCCGUUUACGGCUUAUUCGCGUUCGCAUAGAAUUGUCUUUAAAAUAAUUUUCCGAAUCGUAAAAAAUGCGAUUACUCUUGUGCAUAGCAAAUGUGUAUAUAAAACUGUUAUCAGAAACUAUUUGUUAGUGUUGAAAUAUAUAGUUGAUGUAGUAUUCAGAAAUUGAGAAACAACUUCCAUUUUUUACAUUUUUUAUCAAUACGAGAUAUCUGUUUCAACAGACAGUUUAACAUAA